GACUGACCAGGAAGUCGCGCUCGCGGUUGCCUGGCAACCAUCGCCGGCUGAGUCCAACAACGACGAGACGAGGUGCCGGAAGGAAAGGACGGAGGACCGAGCGAGGGAGUGCAGCUCAGCAUGAGCUCGGUGGCGCUGUCGGCCGUUCUCGACAAGCAUAUUCGCCGCCUGUGCCUCGACCAGUUUCCUUGUGGAAAAGGCAGCUGGAGGAAGGACGGCGGCGGCGGCGGCAGCGAGGCGGAAGCGGUGACGGAGGACACAGACACGCUGCUGGAUCUGCUGAGUUGCCCGCACUCGCCAUGGCACCACGACGAGCCGUGGAGCCCGCAGGCCGCCGCCCUGCAGCGCGUGGCCGUGGUGCAGCCCGAGCGACUCGACGCCGACUUCGUGUGCAGCUACUUCAGGAAGCUGCGCAUCGUCGACAAGGACGUGUCUGUGAUCGACAGCUACCUGCUGAAGUUCUGCAACCUGCAGGAACUUGUGCUCAGCGCCAAUCGCAUCUGCGAGAUCUCAGCCGAGAACCUCCCCAGGACGCUAAAGGUUUUGGAGCUGCGUGCCAACCAGCUGCGCGCCCUGGGCCGGCUGGCCAUCUCUCCGCCCCCUCGCCUGCAGUAUCUCGGGCUGGCUGCCAACCGUCUGGGAUCCCAUCGAGACGUCACCCAGCUCACAGGAAGUCAAUGGCCUGAGCUGGUGUGUCUGGACCUGAGCGAGUGCGACUUCAGGGAGCAGCGCCCCCUGCUGAAGGCGCUGGGCACACUGCCGUGUCUGCGGACGCUGGUGCUGGAGGGCAACCCGUUCACGCUGGCGCCAUCGUACCCGGGGUUCGCCGUGGACGCCCUGCCCCGCCUCUCCUACCUGGACGCGGCCUGGAUCGCGCCCGAGGAGCGACACCGCUACCGGGGGAUGGCCAACAUGAGCCACCUUCUGGUGGACUGGGCGUCGGCCACGGUGUGCGUGGGCGUGAUGCAGGGGGUCCCGGACCCGCAGCUGGAUGCGGACCCCGAUGCUCCGGAGUUCCCGGUGGUCAGCUAUAGCUACGUGAUCUCGUACAUGUUCUUCAGUCACCAGAGCACCGCCUACCGGGAAGUCGUGAUUGGCGCUGCGGCGAAGCGUCAGAGUCAGGGGCAGGGGCAGGAUCAGGGUCAGGACCAGGGUGCUGAACCAAUCCAGACCCCCAACAAGAGGACUGUCAAAGAGACUGUGGUAGUCCAAGCGGCAGCCGGCAGCCAGGAACAAGCUGCCUUCUCCUAUGAGUCGAGAUACAGCACGUCGUCUCAGCCGUGGGCGGACAGCGUCGACUUUGGCGAUACGGUGACCUUCGUCGUGCGAGACCUGAGCGGCUUCCAGAAAUUCCUCCAUCAAGGAUUUAGCAUUUUUAUCGAGCAGGAAAAGAUCCUGUCGUGGCCUACAGAGGCUUCAGACGACGCACCCGGGCAAGGAGUCGCAGACAAUAAAGGGAAAAAAGCCAAGACGAAAGACAAGCGAAAAAAAACGGUGGUGGAGCUGGUUGCCGACCCGCCCGUGACUACGGUGGUGGCGUCCUCGCACGUGCCCCUGCACGGCCUUCUGAGCGGAUACCCAAAAGUGGACGUCCUCUGCGACUUCGGCCCCCUACACAAAGAUCCUCCACCGGAAGACGCGGCGGCCGCAACAGAUGAGGUCGCGGGCAUGGACAACAAAGCCAAGGACGAUUCCAAGAAGAAAGGAGGCCGUGCUGGAAACAAGAAAACGGCGACCGCCAAAGGGACGCGGCGAGGCGAGGACGGCGACGCCGACACACCCACCCGAGCCGAGACGGCUACGCUGGAGCUGAGCGUGGAGCUGAAAAAGUGGCGCCACGCCUCUGAGGUGGCGCCGCUGGGGCGCGCCACCGCCUCCUGAGCCAAAACGCGCCCUCGCCUUCAUUUCAACACGCAACUUUUAUUCACUUGUACAGAAAAGCCAAAGUAGAAAGAAGAAGCAAGGAAGUGCGUUUCAAGUGUUCUGUCCUGCAUGCACCCCACCACAGGUCCAAUAAAAAAGUAUUUCCAGCCAU